GCGUGAUGCUCAUCUCACCCGGAUCAUCUCCAUCAUUACGCAGUCCCGAUGGCAACUGAUACCACAAUAUAUCUGCGCGCCCCCAAUGCUGUGCGCUUCGCGUCGCCUGCGUGUGUCCUUCCUCCGCCGCUAAAAUGGCUCAGCGGCACCUGGAAGCUGACGAGUUCUACUCUUCCCAGAUGGCGCAAGGCACGCGACGUGACGAUAAACUACGCACUCGUUCCAAGUCCUGCAGCUAUUACGGGCGAAGAAAUUCUUACGCUCCAGUACGGUACUCAGCUUGAGGACUUCAUGUUCUGGCAGGAACCAUCUGGUCCUUCGGUAACAUAUCGAUCGGCAAUGGGUCUGAGCAAACCGAUUAGACCAGGUGGGAAAGCGAACGGCGAGCUGACACCGGAUCUGUAUGGGGACACUUUCCAUCAUGGGGAGCGGACAAGCCUUGUUUACACACGACGUGGUAACGGAUGGUCGAGACUGAUUCGUCAAGGAUGGGAGAUCCUCGGGUACGGGAUACACCCACCAUCGCCAUACGGACAAGAGCACAUCUGCUCUGCUGACGGUAACUCGUGGAUCGUGAUCUAUGUUGCCAAAACGCCAAUGGCGCCUGCGGGCCUUAACAUUCUCUGCCGCUUUGGACAACUACCAGACGAUACCGUGGACGCGAUCAAAUUGAUGCUUACGAGUCUUGGACACGAUAUGACAGCUUUGGCAGAAAGGCUUUUCAGUGUUCCCAUAACGAAAGAAAUGGAGAAAACAUGACACCUCAUUCCUGGAACAACGAUCGGAAUGUAAGACAGACAAACGACCAGAAGGACUAGCGAAAUGCAAAGAUCAUGGCCAGAAUAGACUGCUCGUAGAGCAUGAUCAGAAAGAGAAGUGCGACUUUAAAUGCUGGAACGGAGGGGUUUUGUACGAUGCUGACACUGCAAGGGUUGGCAUUACUUUGAUAGUGUCAAUUGAUCGUCCUUACUUCACAUACGACCAUAGGACACUGAAAAUUAGGCUUCCCGUCCGCUCAGCCAUAUACAAGCAGUGUACCG